GCAGUCGGGGAAGGAAAAUGCCGAGCCUUGUUAACACAGAAGUGGAGAUGGCGGUUAAGGGCUUCCUGAUCGACCAGGAGAAGAUGGCCGAGGUGGUGGAGCGGAUGACCAAGGAGCUGAAGAUGGGCCUAGCCAAGGACACGCAUCCGCGGGCGGUGAUCAAGUGCUUCGUUACCUACGUGCAGGAUCUGCCCACUGGGAAGGAGCGGGGAAAGUAUUUGGCCUUGGAUCUGGGUGGCUCCAAUUUCCGGGUGCUCCUGGUGAACCUCGUAAACCAGGCGGAUAUACAGAUCACCUCGAAGAGCUAUAAUUUCCCCAAGACCUUGAUGACGGGGACGGGCAAGGCACUGUUUGACUUUCUGGCCGAGAGUCUGGCGGAAUUUUGCAAGGAAUUCGGCGUGGAGAACGACAAUCUGCCACUGGGGUUCACCUUCUCGUUUCCCCUCCAGCAGCAAGGUCUUUCCAAGGGCAUCCUGGUGGCCUGGACCAAGGGUUUUAACUGCGAAGGCGUGGUGGGCAAGAAUGUUGUGCAACUCCUCCAAGAGGCCAUCGAGCGAAGGGGCGAUAUAAAAAUUAAUCCGGUGGCCGUGCUUAACGAUACCGUGGGCACGCUAAUGUCCUGCGCCUUCGUGCAUCCCAAUUGCCGCAUUGGGUUGAUUGUGGGCACCGGCAGUAAUGCUUGCUACGUUGAGAAGACAGUCAAUGCCGAGUGCUUCGAGGGAUAUCAGACCAGUCCCAAGCCGUCGAUGAUCAUCAACUGCGAGUGGGGCGCCUUCGGGGAUAACGGGGUCCUGGAGUUCGUGCGAACCUCCUACGACAAGGCGAUCGACAAGGUAACUCCGAAUCCCGGCAGGCAGACCUUCGAGAAGUUCAUCUCGGGCAUGUACAUGGGUGAACUGGUGCGCCUGGUGGUCGUGGAGAUGAUUGCCAAGGGCGUGAUGUUCGUGGGAGACAGUUCCCAAAGGAUUUCGCAGCGGUGGAGCUUCAAGAGCUCGUAUAUCUCGGAUAUCGAAAGCGAUGCACCGGGGGAAUAUCGUUCCUGCAACAAGGUCCUCAACGAACUGGGCAUGAUCGGCAACCAGGAAUCGGACAAGGAGGCUCUGCGCUUCAUCUGCGAGGCGGUCUCCUCGAGAUCCGCAAAGAUGUGUGCCUGCGGUCUGGUCACGAUUAUCAACAAGAUGAACAUCAACGAGGUGGUCAUCGGAAUAGACGGCAGUGUGUAUCGCUUCCAUCCCAAGUACCACGAUAUGCUGCAGUUCCACAUGCGGAAGCUCCUCAAGCCGGGCGUCAAGUUCGAACUGGUGGUCUCGGAGGACGGAUCCGGCAGAGGAGCGGCUUUAGUGGCCGCCACCGCUGUGCAGAGCAAGAACAAAAUGUAAAUU